UUGGCUAUUUAAGUCGUUCAGCAGUUCAGUUUACUUUUGAAUUUCCCUGUACCAUGAAGCUGUUGAUCUUGACGGUUGUGCUCGCCACUUUUGUGGCCAACGCCUUGGCCCAGAAAGCUGCCAUCUGUGCUCUACCCCACUCCCUCAACGGCAAUGGCAGAAUCUCCUGUGAGGCCUAUAUACCCAGUUGGUCCUACGACGGCGAUCGAAACGAGUGCGUCAAAUUUAUCUACGGAGGCUGUGGUGGCAAUGAGAAUCGAUUCAAUUCGAGGGAAAACUGUGAAGACAAGUGUUUGCAAUAAAAAGGAAGAUAAUUAAAAAUUGAAA